AAAUCAGAUUAUCAGGAAAUCAGAUCAUCAUCGAUUGGGAGUUUGUAAUUUUUUUUUUGACAGAAACAAACAAGAUCAUCUCAUCCAGUGGUUUCUCUAGUUUGCUGAAACACAAGAAAUCAUCAUGAAUAUUUUUGCACCACUUCUUUCUGCUUUGGCCGUUCUAUCUCACCAAAGUAGUGAUGUGAAGGGCUUCGAAAUUGUCAUCAAUCCAGUAUUCAUAACGGCAAAUCGUCUUCAAUUUUAUGCUGUGGUUCUGCCAUAUCUAUUGCGUGAACACCAACGCAAAGUUGCACCAUAUCAGAAUAAUAUUCGAAUUUUAAAUGAAAAUGAUCCUGAUAUUCGUGGCAAUCUAGAGGGCAAAGUUGCCAUCAUUACUGGUGGUAGUCGCGGUCUUGGUGUCGAAGUGGUUCGAUCAUUUCUCCGUAAAGGUGCUCGUGUAAUCACUACGGCUUCAUCGAAUGAUCCAAGAAAAAUAGAAUCCCGAUAUAAAUCGAUAACGAAAGGCAUACCGGUUGGCAAAUGGAAUCUAGAAAUCUGGCAUCUAGAUCUAAUGUCUAUGAAUUCGGUGAUAAGAUUUUUGGAUCGAUUCAAGAGUCAAAAUGAUACGCGAUUGAAUUAUUUUAUUGGCAAUGCCGGUGUAAUGUUUCCGCCAUUCAAAUUAUCCGAGGAUGGUUUUGAAUCGCAAUUUUCUAUCAAUUAUCUUGGUCAUGUAUUGAUGUCAUAUUAUCUAUUGCCAUAUCUAUAUCGAACAGCAAAAGAUGAACGUGAUCAAUCACGAUUGGUAUUGGUUACAUCAUGUUUACAUCAUAUCCCAACAAGAAUUCGUUUUAAUGAUUUGCAAUCACUGCAAGUAUAUUCACCACAUUAUGCGUAUGGAUUAUCCAAACUAUCUGUUUUGAUGUUCAUCUAUUCACUGAAUCGUACAUUGAGCAUUAAACAAGAUUGGAAUGAACGUGUUAAAGUAUUUGCUGUACAUCCAGGAUUAGUUGAUACAGAUCUAUUGAACACGAUCGAAAUAAUGAAACAAUAUCCAUCACUAGCGAAUCAAUUGACAUUUCGUGACACAAAAGCCGGUGCAGAAACCAUAAUAUAUGCAUCAUUGUCAAGUCAAUUAAAGCAAAAAGGUGGCGAAUAUUUCGAAGACAGUAAAGCAACCAGAUCAAGCAUGUUAUCAUAUAAUCUGGAUGUACAAAGCCGUUUAUGGAUGGUUACCAGGAAUUUACUGGAAAAAUGGACCAAUGGAUAUUGGUUUGAAGAUCUUUAAAUCCAUGUCUUCAUGUGUGUGUUAUUCAUAUUUUCAUUUGUUAUUGACCAACAAAACUAUUAAACUAAAUUGCCACAUCAAAUA